CAGCCUUCAACAUACUUCUGGAUACUUAUAAUACCUUGAAUACUUUGGAUACUUUGCCUCUAUGUAGUUGAACGGGUCCCACAUCCUUGCGUUCUGACCUCAUCCGUUUGUCUUGCGUCUUCCAGCUUUUCGCAAUGGCUUCUUCUUCAUAGCUGCAUUGCCAGCCAAUCCCCGCUGUGCAGCCAGUACAAAGCCGACCGCAUAUCCCAAGCAACAAGGCCCCUCCAACCGCCGCUGGAUUCGCGCGGGGCUUCCCAUCCAAGCUGGGCUACAGAGAAGCUGGAACACCUUUGCCCCAACUGCCCCCUUUCCGACAAUAACUCCACGACCACGACCUACAGUCCACUUUCCCAAUGGCCGCGACAGUCGCCUCUUCGAGUCCCCUCCCCCCGGGAGGCGGCCUUCACCCAACUCAAGCGCAGGGACUCAUGGCCGCGCCUCAGGCGGCAAACGGAAAUGGGAGUCCUUCGCCGUUACCAUCAAGACGCUUGACACUCGCCGACUUCCAGAAGGUGCGAACGCUAGGGACCGGCACCUUCGCCCGGGUCACUCUUGUGAGGCCGGCCUAUGGAAAUGAUGCCGAUCGCAAUACGGUGUACGCCUUGAAGAUAUUACGGAAGACGGAGGUUAUCAAGCUGCGCCAGAUAGAUCACGUACGGCACGAACGCCGAAUCCUCAGCGAAGUCUCAGGACACCCAUUUAUCACAAACCUUCAAGCCUCCUUUUCCGAUCGAGAGUUUCUAUAUCUGCUUCUCGAUUAUGUCCCUGGAGGAGAGCUCUUCAGCUACCUCCGGAGAUUCCGCCGUUUUGAGGAGGACAUGGCGUGCUUCUACGCCGCCGAGAUCGUCCUCGUGCUCGAAUACCUCCACGAGCAGCAAGGAGGCGUCGCAUACCGUGACCUGAAGCCCGAGAACCUUCUGCUCGACGAAGACGGCCAUAUCAAGUUGGUGGAUUUUGGCUUCGCCAAGCGAUUGGGGAACAACGACGACGACCGGCCCGUGGAGACGUAUACCCUCUGCGGCACACCCGAGUACCUCGCCCCUGAAGUCAUCCGUAACAAGGGUCACACCACGUCGGUCGAUUGGUGGGCCCUGGGCAUUCUGAUCUACGAGUUCUUGACGGGUUAUCCGCCGUUCUGGCAUCAGAAUCCCAUUGAGAUAUACAAGCAGAUCGUCGAAAAGCCGGUUGUAUUCCCGGAUCAGCCCCAGAUCAGCGACGAGGCGAAGGACAUCAUCCGGCAGUUCUGCACCGUCGACCGGUCGCGGCGGCUGGGCAACAUCAGCGGGGGCGCCGCCAGGGUGAAGGAGCACCCCUUCUUCCACGGCAUCAACUGGGACGACGUCGUGCACCGCCGCCAGCGCGGCCCCAUCAUCCCCCCGGUCCGCUACCCGGGUGACGCCCAGUGCUUCGACAUCUACCCGGAGGAGGACCCGAACCGCGACGCCUAUACGGACGAGAUGGCGGCCAAAUACGAUGACUACUUCAAGGACUUUUAAGGGGAAGCCGGCCGAGACCGGAGGGUUGUGACUGGAAGGAAAGCCAACGAGACAGGAACAAAGAUAAUGAUGUAAAGAAAGAGAUAAUAUGGGCGGAUGACAUGGGUUACGCAGACGAGCACCGGUGGCUCGCUACACUCUUGCUUGAUACCUAUGUUGGCUUCCGGAUCGCACCCGCAACCUCCCCUUCAUCCCACAAUCCUUAUUCUGACUCCCAAGGGUGUUGGGCGGUUGAGGAUCUGCCUGUGCGCGUACCAGGAAUUCGAUGGGGAAAGGAGGCAGUGCAAUCUGUUAUACUCACCACAGGCCAUCCAAGAUGGCGAAAUGGAAGGGAGGGAGGCU